AUGUCCAACGCUGCUCCCACUCACGAGUCGUAUCUUGUCGUCGGCGGCUGCGGCUUCCUCGGAAGGCACAUUGUCGAGGCGCUGCUCGGCCGUGGAGAGACCAACGUUGCCGUGUUCGACCUUGUCCAGCGUCACUUUGACUCGAACGUGACCUUCUACAUUGGCGACAUUUCCAAGAUUGAGGACGUGUCCAACGCUGUGGUCAAGUCGGGUGCCCAGAUCGUGAUCCACACUGCGUCGCCGACCCACGGUCUCGGCAAGGACAUUUACGAGAAGGUCAAUGUUACGGGUACCGAGAACGUGAUUGAGGCGUGCACCAAGGCGGGUGUCCCCAAGCUCGUGUACACGUCGUCGGCGGGUGUCAUCUACUCUGGUCAGGAGAACCUCGUCGACGCCGACGAGCGUAUCCCCUACCCCAAGGUGGCUCUGGAUGCGUACAACGACACCAAGGCGCGUGCCGAGGAGCUUGUUCUUGCUGCCAACGGCAAGGACGGCCUCCUCACCUGCGCUCUCCGCCCCAGCGGUAUCUUUGGCCCUGGUGACCGCCAGGCCAUCUCUGGCUUCCACUCGGUCAUCAAGAAUGGCCAGACCAAGUUCCAGAUUGGCUCCAACGAAAACCUCUUCGACUGGACAUAUGUCGGCAACGUCGCCCACGCCCACCUCUUGGCCGCCGACAAGCUGGCGACGGCCUACCCCAUCGCGGGGCUGCAUGAGCCCCUCCCCGAGGUCGACCUCAGCCUCGGCCACCACCGUAUCCCCACCUCGCACGCCCACCCUCUCGGCCCCAAGACCAACCCUACGGACGAGGAGAAGGCGAUUGCCGCCCGCUUCGAGAGCGACGAGAUCGACCCCUCGGACCUGCGCCCCGUCCUCCGUUCCAAGAUGGACCAGUUCUGCGACCUCGCCGAUGGAGCCGAGACCGAGUCGGCCCCCGUCGCUGGCCAGGCCUUCUUCAUCAACAACUGCGAGCCCGUCAACUUCUGGGACUGGACCCGCGCCGUGUGGCGCGAGCUCGGCCACACCCCGGCAUACACCAUCACCCUGCCCACUGGUGUCGGUCUCGUCCUCGCCACCCUCGCCGAGAUGUUCAGCAAGGUCACAGGCCGCGAGCCGGGCUUCACCCGCUUCCGCGUCACCUUUGCCACCCAGCAGCGUUACUACGACUCGGAGCGUGCCCGCCGUCUGCUCGGCUACACGCCCCUGGUCGGCAUCACCGAGGGCCUCGAGCGCUGGACCGAGUGGUACAAGGGCGAGCUGUCCAAGCAGGAGGCCGCCAAGUGA